ACGGUGCUUUAAUUUCUAAGCAGUGAUCGAGUUCUAUCGUUACCAUGGCAAAGUUGUGGUUGGUAUUCCUGAUGGCGGCAGUGCUAUCUGUGUCUGAAGCGAAAUUAAAAGGAGGCACUGGUUGUGUUGCAUAUUAUAGGAGAUACGGAAACCUCUGUUACUCCGAUACGAGCAGUGUUCCACGUCCAGGGGCUACCCUACAGUAUCUGAUAAAAGUACAAGGACCCGGGGAGAUCUGUUGCGAGGCUCUCACGUGCACUAGAUAUUCGUGCAACAUGAGAUAUAUAGGAUGUGGGCGGAACAGCUGGAGCUCUGCUGAUCUGCAAUGGGUAGGUGAUAAUCUACAGACGCCAAAGAUGCGAUGCAAGACUUACGACCUCAUCCAUAGAUCAAUCUACUACAGCUUUAAAACAACACAUUAAAAAUACGGACAUGAAAAGUCAACCUACUAUAGCUUAGAGAUAACACAUUUAAGUUACGGACAUGAUUUUUUAAAGAUUUUCAUCCACCAUUAACUCGUGAAAAUUCGGUAUAUUUCGUGACUUUCCGUAUCUGAUAAAACAUAAAAGACUGAAUUACAGGAAGCAACAAAGAAAUCUUAUCAUCUAAAAGCUUCAUCAUAAGAUACGGAUAUUAACGAAAAUGACCGAAUAUGUACGAGCUAUUGGUGGCUGAAAACCUGGCUGAUAAAUAAAAAUAUAUAUAUAUAUCUAUCCGUGUUUGAAAAAAAAACUCUAAAAUUUUUAAGUACUAAAGUCACAUGAUUUUGUUAAGGUAAAUGAUACAUUCUUGCACAUUUUGAACUUUGUUCACCAUGAACCCCUUUUUGUUUCUUUUUAUUAAAUCUACACAUAAUAGUGGUGCUUACAUGUAUCUUUUUCUUUGAAGUAUGCAAGUUUGUUAAAUUUUCCCUUAAUAGUUUAUUAAUCGACGUUUUCGUUUGAAAUAAAUAUACUGCAUCAAGA